UCAGGGCUGGGCGGCUGCUCCGGGAGGAAUCGGCGGGCGCAGGAUGUGAGCUCAUAGCUGGGAUUGCUGGAGGCCACAGGCCAAGGGAGGCACGGAGUCUGUUCGCCACUCAGCUGAGAGGAGAGGCGCUCCUGAGGACGCGCUGAGAGUAUGAGGCUCUGGCCUCCACCGGCUACUCACUUCUGACCACUUCCACCACGGCGGAGCCUUCCAAGCCUACCUCCUGCCGUGUGGUGAUCUACCUGCAGCGGGAGAUGUCAGGGGACACUUGUCUGUGCCCAGCCUCAGGGGCUAAGCCCAAGCUAAGCAGCUUCAAGGGAGGAGGGCUGGGCAACAAGUACGUGCAGCUCAAUGUGGGCGGCUCCCUGUACUACACCACCGUUCGGGCACUCACCCGCCAUGACACCAUGCUUAAGGCCAUGUUCAGUGGGCGCAUGGAGGUGCUGACUGACAAAGAAGGCUGGAUCCUCAUAGACCGAUGUGGAAAACACUUUGGCACCAUUUUGAAUUACCUCCGAGAUGACACCAUCACUCUCCCUCAAAACCGGCAAGAAAUCAAGGAAUUGAUGGCUGAAGCAAAAUAUUACCUCAUUCAGGGGCUGGUGAACAUGUGCCAGACUGCCCUACAGGACAAGAAGGAUUCCUACCAGCCUGUGUGCAACAUCCCCAUCAUCACAUCCCUAAGGGAGGAGGACAGGCUCAUCGAAUCUUCCACCAAGCCCGUGGUGAAGCUGCUGUACAACAGAAGCAACAACAAGUAUUCCUAUACCAGCAACUCUGAUGACCACCUGCUGAAAAACAUCGAGCUGUUUGACAAGCUGUCACUGCGCUUCAAUGGCCGUGUGCUCUUCAUCAAGGACGUAAUCGGUGACGAGAUCUGCUGCUGGUCCUUCUACGGCCAGGGUCGGAAGUUGGCAGAGGUGUGCUGCACCUCCAUUGUGUAUGCCACGGAGAAGAAGCAGACCAAGGUGGAAUUCCCAGAGGCCCGAAUCUAUGAGGAGACACUCAACGUCCUACUCUAUGAGACCCCUCGAGUCCCUGACAAUUCUUUGUUGGAGGCCACAAGCCGGAGCCGCAGCCAGGCUUCCCCAAGUGAAGAUGAGGAGACCUUUGAAUUGCGGGACCGUGUGCGCCGGAUCCAUGUCAAGCGCUAUAGCACUUACGAUGACCGGCAGCUCAGCCACCAGUCUGCCCAUCGGGACUGACAAGCCCCUCAGGGAGUCAGGGCACAAAAGGCUCUGUCUCCUGUCCUGUAGAGCCCUGCCCCAUUGGCCACCCCUUGCUGCUGCUAGCAUGCAGAGGUGACAGGCCCUACCUGAGAGGUCAGAGGGCCUGGCAGGGGAGGAGCCACAUUCCCUUGCCCUGUCCCCCUCCCCCAGCAUUUCCAGAUUUCCCUUCCUGCCCAACAGAGGGGUGCUUCUGCUGUGGGGGAGUGGGCCGACCUCCCAUGCCUCCUGUGAUGAACAUUCUCCUAGGCUUCAACUGAGGCCCAUAUGGAAUGGCUUCAUUCUGGGAGAAAAGUGGCUUCUGGUGCUGUGAAGGCCCACUCUUGAACAGAAGGUGGGGCUUCUUUUUUUCCUAAGGUGUUUAAGCACAUGUUUGGCAGGCUUGGUUUUUAGAAAUCUAGAUGUUUAAUCUAGAUGUUGGGUGUGGUGAUACACACCUGUAACUCCAGCUACUUGGGAGGCUAAGGUAGAAGGAUCACAACUUUGAGGCUAGCAUGGG